AACCAUUGUACAUCACACAAAAAGGGCUCCAUACUCUCAGGAACAACAUCAACCCGCCUACUUUGCGCUGAAGAAUCCCUCCCCCAUCCUCCCCAUAGCAGGCUAUGUGACUGAGAGCCCUGGCAGCAUCAUGGUACAGUUCACAAUAUCGGAGCGCCAGCGAAUAGGCCUCACCUUCCUCCAGUUUCUGGAGGAACACAACCUCAAGGAGGCAGACCUGACCAAGACCAGGAUCAAGGAAAUCUACAACACCCAGUUUCGGCAGGCCCAAAACUUCCAGCAAAUUCCAAACUGUUCGUCUGUAUUGUUCACGUUGAGUCGCCUGAGGAAGAUUCACAUAGAGACAGAUAUUGUUCGGUUUGGUCCGCGAAGAUCGCCUUUCCAAAGGAAGAGUCGACUAGCAGUGGACCAGUACAUAGGGUUGUCCCAGGCAAGGAAGAAUGAAGCAAAGAAGGUUCCAGGGGACCAAAACAAACAAGAACAACCUCCACCAGUUUUUACUUCCAGGAGACAAAGGGUACAACAUCUACUGAAAGGGCUGAAGACAAGAAGACAUGAGCUUGCUGAGAAUAAAGAGGAAGUGGAGGUGUUUACUGACCAUGAUGCGGAGGGCGGAGCCAUGCACAUCUCCCUCCAGUCUGGGGAGGAGCUUAGGUUCAACAUCAACAUUCGCAACACCAGUGACACUGAGAGUGUGCAGUUCUGUAGGUGUGAGCUUCUUCGCGGUGUCCGUGCAUUCCAGCUUAGUGACCAAGAAAACAUCAGCCAGGGAUUUGGACAAAAGACUGUUACUCUUCAACCAGGACAACAGUACACAGUAGAAGUUAAGUGCCUGGCACGGUUCCUCGGACAGUACCGUGCUCCCAUCGCACUGGAGUUCCGCAGGCUGGCCUCAGCAACACCAUUCCAUAUCGUCCGCAACCUGUCAGCGCGUGUGAGUAACCAGAUGGUGGACGAGCUUCGUCCCAAGGUCCCAUACAAGCACCCACCGAGAGUCACAUUCAACAGGAAGAAGUUUAGAGUGGUGGAUGGUGUGCCUCUUCCUCCGAGGACAUGCCAGAGGCUGACAAGACUGACCUGCACAUCACCAGGGCUCUGUUGGAGAACAGCAUGACCAUUGACACCCUGUCCCCGCGGUUCUCCUGCCUGCUGCACAUGGAGGAGGUACAGAUGGAGGUGGACAUCCGGCGCUACGACAUGCAGGGAGCCGUGAUGUCACGCAAGGGCAACAUGCUCCUGCUCAAGGUACCAGGUCUUGCGGAGAAUCGACCAUCCGUACUGAGAGGUGAUUUCCUGUUUGCUCGUGAGAGAGGGCCAGAUGGCGUGGACAAUGUGGAGUUCAAAGGUUAUGUUCACCACAUAGAACGGGACUGUGUCAGCCUUGGCUUCAAUUAUCGGUUGUUGGACAAGUUUAUUGACGGGAUGAAGUUCGAUGUGCGCUUCUCGUUCAACCGCCUGCCACAGCGCCUGCAGCACCGCGCCGUGCAGCUGGCGGAGGAGCACAGCCUCGGGGACGUGCUGUUUCCCACGCUGCAGAUUGCGGGGUCAAAGGGCAUCCUGCACUCUCCCACUGAGCAGCUAAAGCUGUAUGACCGCUCCAUAGAGGAGAAUGCUGAGCAGUACCUCGCUGUACGCCACAUCGUUGCCGGGUCAUCCCGCCCUGCCCCCUACCUCCUGUUUGGUCCGCCAGGUACCGGCAAGACUGUUACACUGGUGGAGGCCAUCAAACAGGUUCUAAAGUGCCUUCCCAGCAGCACGGUGCUGGCGUGUGCUCCCUCCAACAGCGCAGCUGACCUGCUGACCCAGCGUCUGCUGAACCACAUCCCUGCAGCACAGCUCAUCAGGCUCAACGCGCUGUCACGCUCGUGGGAUAACGUGCCUUCAAGCAUCAAGAAUGUGUGUAACUACGACCGCAUGACUGGCAAGUACAGCUUCCCUGCCAAACAAGAGCUGCAGAAAUACAAGGUGCUGGUCACCACACUCGUCACUGCUGGCAGACUUGCUUCAGCUAACUUCCCACCCGGCCACUUCACCCAUGUCUUCAUUGAUGAAGCUGGCCAUGCUGUUGAGCCUGAGUGCCUGAUUGCUCUGGCAGGGCUGUUGGACUUCCACACGCCUGACGGAGGACAGCUCGUCCUGGCUGGGGACCCCAAACAGUUGGGACCCGUCCUCAGGUCGCCAUUUGCUGUGCAGUUUGGCCUUGACGUGUCUCUGCUGGAGCGCUACAUGACGACCUGUGACCUUUACCAGCGCAUGCCCACCACCCCUGGCAGCCAAGCCGUUCCCUACGACCCCAGGUUUGUCACCAAGCUGCUGCGUAACUACCGUAACCAUCCCGCCAUCCUCCAACUGCCCAGCCUGGAGUUCUACGACGGCGAGCUGAUACCCUGUGCCGACAAGCUCGCCCGCGAAUCCCUCUGCAACCUGGAGAUGCUCCCCAAGAAGGGAUUUCCCAUCAUCUUCCAUGGAGUUGUUGGGGAAGACCUGCGGGAGGAGAGGAGCCCCUCGUUCUUUAACCCUGAGGAGGUGGUGACUGUGCUGAGGCACACACGGGACCUGCUGGAGGCCAAGGGACUGGGCAUCAAGAUCACUGAGAAGGAGAUAGGGAUCAUAUCCCCCUACAGGAAACAGGUUAACAAGAUACAAAGGAUGAUGAAGGCCCAUCACCUGAGCAACAUCAAGGUCGGGUCAGUAGAGGAGUUCCAAGGAGAGGAGAGGCGCAUCAUCAUCAUCUCCACGGUCCGCAGCAACCCAGACUUUCUCCCAAUGGACAUAGACUUCAAACUGGGCUUUCUCAGGAACCCAAAGAGGUUUAAUGUCGCCAUCACUCGCAGCAAGGCCCUGCUGAUUAUAGUGGGAAACCCCCAUGUUUUGAGCAGAGACAAGCACUGGAACAGCUUCCUGGAGUACUGCAUCGGGAACGGUGCCUAUGUCGGGUGUGACUUCCAGACUGCAGAGGAUGAGGCAGAGGAGAUCACACAGAGGCUUGCAGCUGUGGGGCUGGACGAUGAGGAGCCAGAGAAGGACAAUGAUGGAGAGAAGAAGGAAGAGGAUGAGGAAGAGGACAGCGAUGGAGACUGGGAGAAGAUUGAAAUGAGCGCUGCAGAACAGCUUCUCCAGCCUUCGUGGGGGGCAGACCACUGAUGGAAGAGCCUGCCCAGAAGGAGGAGAGGUAAAAGAUGGAACGGCUGUAGAAGAUGGAUGAAGGGGCAAAAGAGGAUUAAAAGAGGUAGAAGAUGGACACAACAUAUGCCCGGUUAGCAUUUUGAAACAUUGUACUCAACAUUUUUCUAUCAACUGUCAAUUUGAGCAAGGAGCUUUUAUCGAUAAAAGCUCAUUGAUUUGAGGGAACACACAUGAUACCUAUGCCAGGCUAUAUUGAGAUCUUUACUUGCAUGUUUUGAGUAAGUUUCUAUCACAACCACACAAACAUUUUUGGCCCUCUCUGGAAGUUGACAUAAUGUCUAACAGUGUUAUGGUGCAACAUAUCAUCAUUUGGGGAAGUUGUUGACAGGAAAGAACAGUCGCUAUGUCAGGUAUGUCAGACAUCGGUGUCGCCCACUCCUAAAGAGUCUGAGUCGUGACCUGGUGUGCCAAGUUCAUCAGUGCAGGACAAGGUCAUGUUUGCAUGUCGUAGGUAAAUUUGCACAUUAACUUACCUGCUGGCACAAAGUAGUAGAAUGAGUUGUUUUUAAAAAUCCAAUGGAAUCUGGAAAAUUUAGCAAAUAGUACUGCAUUGUUUUAAUGAAGAAAAAACAUUUAGCUUGCAAAAUUGAAGCUAAGGUUAACUGUACUUUUACAUUGAUGUACUAUUGAGAUGAAACAUUCUUUUAAACAAAUCUGAUUUAAAAAAAAACACUUUUUGCUUUCUUAAAAUGUUAGUUAGGUAUGUGAAAAUAUGACAAAAUACUGAUAAACAAGAGACAGGUGCAGAUUACAGUUAACUAUCUUUGUGAUAGGUAUUCUAUGACUGUGUGCCAUGGAUAUGCAAAUCAGUUAGAGGAAACUCAGAUCAACCCAGAUACUAUAGACAUGUUUGUUAUGUCCAUCCUUGAGGAUAGAAAGGGCAGUAGCCAGUAUUAUGAUAGGAUGGGACAUGCCAUGGUGUUAGUGCCAGUCCAGUUGUCCUCAGUGCGGUGGAUCUAUGCAGUACUCACAAACAGAACCUCACUGUGGAGGGUCCCGCAUGUCUCCGACAGACAAGAGAUCGCGAGCACAUUCCUGCAGGAAAGGGACCGAAGUAGACUUUGACUACUGGGCUGGAAUAAUUGACUUUGGAUUAUGUGGAAUUAGGACUUGUAAGCUUAGCAUAGGGGUUUGCAAUGCAGGGUCUAUCUGGAGUCUAGCGGGAGAUGUGUAGAGGCCCUGUCUGCAGCAAUACAGUGUUGAGCACUUUGUCACAGGAGGACACACAUUAAGCCCCUAGCUAGUGGCAGCAUCAUUAAGAAGCUGAAGAAAAACAAACAAGAACUUUAGGUAAUGCCAUGUUUUGCAAAGAAGGGAAGACUAGAUCAGCCAGUAUGAGCAGAUAAUCCAGUUGAACACACUUUGUUUGGGGAAUUUGGUCAUAAGAUUACCUUAGUAUAUCAGGACAACCUAAAACCCUGAUGUCCCACAUACAUUUCCUCACAUUGUUUAAAAGUGUAGUUGUUUGUAAGUGUAGUUGACUGACUCUUCCCAUACUUUCAGAUCAAUUGAAUAUACUGCCUGUAUUGUAAUUUCCAGUCUUAUGUAUCUAUUUUGUUCAAUACUGUUGCAUAUACAUGUUCAUGCAUGUACAUUGUGUAUGAAUAUAUACAACUAGAAGUUAUCCAUUACAGACUUCUACCCUUACAUGACUAAGAAUCUGAAUGGGUUUUACUGCAUUGGUUGCUGUUCAUAUUCAGGAUAUGAAGACUUUGUACAAAAUGUAGUGUGGACAGUUCAUGUCUGUUGCAUGCUAUUACAUUUUUGAACAAUGAGAUGAAAAACACUAAAAACAGCCAGAUGCAUGUAGAUUGAUACACCAAACUCUGAGAUAAUCAAUACAAUAUUUAUACAUCUUUUGAUAAAGACUUGAAUGUAUACAUUUUGCUGUAAUCUCUUUAUAGAAGGUACAUUCCAGCAGGCCUGGCAGUCUCCACAUUUUGCUGCUCUCAUAUUUCCUAUCACAUAUGAUGGAAACGUUAAGUUGGCAUAAGCUAUUGUAUUUCAACUGACACAAGAGACCUGUAUCAGAUUUUGAAAAUGUUGUUUACUGUAUCUUCUUUCAGAAUCUUUUUCAGUGAAUCUAUCUUAUACAACCAAUAGACUGAAUUUUUUAUCAUUUGUUACAUUCUAUGAUGCUAUAUGAUUUUGUGGCCAUUUUGCUUGGUGAUUGGUUGGUAAAGUGGUUUAAUAUUUAAAAUGUUCUUACUAGUUUCUAUUUCUGUAGCUAACUUGUUUUUAAGUGUUGUUUACUAACAGAAGAAGUUGUGCUGUUUUAGAUUAAGUACUUGUUUAUGUACGAGUUGAUUUUAUGAAGAGCCCUUGUACAGUAGUUAAGAUACACAUUUUACUCAUUGCGUCUACAUUGCUUACAUUUCAUAUCACCAACACAAAAAAAAUAUUUUUCUAUUUUGCACCUGCAUAGCUAUGAUACAAGAGUUUGUUACUGAAUGAGAAUUGUACAAAUCUAAAGGCUGGAGAAGCAGAUCUUUCUGAGAUAAAAACAAUCUUUUGGUGCAUUUAUCCAGAAAUUGGGAAUAAUGUGAUUGCACAGAACUUUAUGAACCUAAGAAUGUCAAGCGUACCAAGCAAGUUCACAAUAUACAAUCAGUCUAGAGCUGACAAUUAUGUACUGGUACAUUUUCCGCAUAGUGUAGAUAGAAUAGAGUUCUAUUUGAUUGUGCCUGUAAAUUACAUCUGAUGUGUCUAAGGCAUGGGUGACUGCUGAAAAAUGGAGACUACUACAACCUGUGAAAUAAACAGAGUGCAAUACAUAUGGGAUUUAGAGACUGUGAGAGGUUUUGAGCAUAUUCUCCAUUGUUUAGCUAUCACCAUGCCUGCAACUGAUUGAUAUUUUCUAUGCCAAACUGUUACUGUCUGCAGUCUUGUAGGCUAGACCUAGCAAAAGGAUGUAUGAUUUGACUAGUCUGUGCAUAACUGGCCUGUGCGUGUUGUAUGUGAAAAAGAGUAUGGUUCACAUGCAAUGCUAUAGUGAGAUAUAUGACGUUAGUUCAAACAGGCUACCUCCACAGCACUGAAGCAUUGUAUAACAUCUACUUUCACCUUUGCAAGUUCUUCUGAGGGGCUAGUUGACUGAAACUGGCAACGAAAAAUGCAAUUGACUGUCACCUUUACAAAUUUUUUUGAAAGAUUUGCUGAUUUUUCAUCACCAGUUCAAUCAACUCUCUCUAAUGUGUUGGAAGUCGAUACUGUAGAACUAAAGUAGACCAAACCCAAUUACCCUUUUUCAACAUCUGGUCUACAAGACUUGUAACCUGUUUGAACUGUAGUGCAAUUCUGUACAGUCACAUCAUGCCUUUACACAUGCCUGCACAGCAAAGUCUACACACCAAAGAUACUGAUAUACCCUGGAGCUAUGCUGAAGUUGUCUCUGUGGUGUUUCAUGGACACAGCAGGCCACCACAUUAUGCAAAUCAGUUUCCAUAUAGCUGAUUCUCUGAUUACUUGUAGAGUGGUUGUUAAGUAGGUGUUUUAAAUCCAAUAGGGACUUAAUAAGGUGUUUUAAUUAGGGAAAUAUUCCAGGUGGAACUAAUGCUAACAAAUUAGGGUUUUAGUUGCUGUGUUAAUGACUUUUAGGUAAGUUUUGGUACUUGUACUGUAGAGUAGGUUGAUGGAAGUUUAGAGAAGUUGUUUUGUCCUCUGUAAACUGUCCUAUCAAUUUUAAGGAUGUUGUUGUGACUGUCAAGAAGUGCCUGGAAACAAAGAUGGUGGUUGUACUUAACAAGGGAUGAAACAUUGAAGCUAUUGCAUUUGGGUUGCUACGAAGAAGAUGUAAGAAUAGCUUAAGCCUGGUAUUAGCAGGUAUUUGUCUAACCUUUGCAACUAGCAGAUGAAGAGGGCAUGCUGUUUACAAAAGCACAGACAGACAACUUUACGAACAUCCUUAGACUUGAUUGGAUAUGGCUCAAUACUGUUUGAGCAGAAUCUCUCCUCUUACCUCAAAGUUGAUAGUCUCCAAACAGACUUCAUAGGGCUGUAGGUAUUGUCCUAAAUGUGAUAUCAACAUUUUAUCUGUCCAGAUUGGCCUUGUCAUAGAUCUAGACUUUUGCAUGCCACCCAUACCUAUGACUAUCCAACUUACACGAGGACAUAGUAGCCCUGUAAAGUCUGUUUAAGGAUUGCAACAGCUGUCACAUUCCACAUGGAAGGCACCCAUGUGCCACAUGAAGUGCCUGAGAGGCCUUGGAGUAAUAUUGUUGCAUGUUCACUUUUUAGACCAACCUGUCCACUGCUAUCACUGAUGUGUGAUGUGCAUAAGACUUUGUGUUACGUUUGUCAAUAUCAUUAUGCAGAUGCCAUCUUUAAAGGAAAUGCCACCCUGUUCAAUAGAACAUGUUUUCUCCACUCAGGAGACCUGUAUUAGCCCGGAUGUUUUGCAGUAGAUUUUAAUAAAACUAAUUUUC